GCCCCCACGUUGUUUACCAUCCGCCACAGAAGCGGAUGUAAAGCAACGUACACAACGCUGGCGUGAGCACACGUGGGUAAGCAAGUUUAUCAGUGAUACAUGUAAUGUGGUGUUGGUAGUUUUAUUAGAAAACAUGUCAAAGAGACAGAAAGCUAUGUCAGAAGAAAAGACGGGUGCUGAAGUGGGACACGGGGAGGAGGAGAUCCAGGAACCGCCGCCGGAGACCAGACGAACUCGCAGCGGCCGAAAAGUUCGCACUCCUGCCGCAUUGCUGGACUCGGAAGCCCCGGUGAGGACUCCCACCCGGAGGACGAGGAGGUCCGUCCUCCGGGAGCUGCCGGCGGAGGAAGAGAAAAAUACGGAGGUGACGGAGCGGAGACCCGAGAGUCUGCCCGAGGAGACGCUCAGCGUGUCCGCAGACCCGGUGCACACGGCGGCUGCGGCAGAUACAGACAGAGCCGAGGUCAACGGGAGCGGAGACCUCCAUCAGUCCGAGCCCGCACCAGCUGAAACCGUACCCGCGAGUACCGACACCAUCCCAAAGAAGAAGCCUCGAGUGGAGUCGAGUGGAAAACCGAAGCCGGUGGUUCCGCUGGUUCCGCUGGGAAAACCCAAAUCUGGGAGAGUGUGGAAGGACCGCAACAAGCAGAGGUUCUCAGCAAUGGUGAGAGAUAAACCGUUGUGCUCUUCGUGGGAAAAGAAGAUGCAGGCCAAGCGGGAGAAGGAUCAGUUGAAACAGUAUUCUGUGCAGCUUAAAGAUGAGAAAGCCAAACAGAAAGAGGAAAAGAGAAAAAGGAGAGAAGACAACUUGAAACGUCGUGCAGAGAACGAACGCAAAGCAGAGAUUGUGCAAGUGAUCAAAAACACAGCAAAGAUCAAGAGGAUGAAGAAGAAACAACUAAGGAAAAUUGAGAAGAGAGACACACUGGCUCUGCUGCAGAAGUCACAGAAGCAAAAUGUAAAAGCCAAAACGCAAAAAAGUAAUAAGGUGGACCAAGAUCUCACCUAAAGACUGUAAGAUAAUAAACAUGCAUCUGUUCAGUA